UACAGCAACCCCUGACAGAAGCACAGAGGAUGCAUCAUAGCUACUAUUUUACUAUUGAAAUCAACUUCACUAUCUUAUUUUGGUGCUGAUUUGUUUUUAAAUAAAAAUAAUAGAAUUGGGAGUUUGGAAGAGUCGAUAGGAUAUAUAUAUAUUCUCUAUAUUUUGCCUGGUCCCGUUGUUGAGCGGAUCCUAGCCUUCUACAAGACAAGCCAACAGACAACGUUGUUGUGUGAUGAACGCGCCCUUGUCUUGAACCUGGGGCCUCUUUGAAACUGUCACGCGGAUCAACGCCUUGUGAAUGGGAUGCUUUUCACGAUUGAGCCACCCUGGAACUGAAGACAUGUGUUAUUGUUUCUGGGGACUGCAAUGAGUGUGACACGGAUCUACCUUGAAGACUUCCCAAAGAGAGAGAUCUGUCCUUCUGGGCUACUGACUGACUGACUGUGUGUGUCUGUGUGACAGACUCUGUGUGUCCGAGGUGUGUGACCUCCACCAGCAACCAUGCCCAUCCUAAAGCAGCUGGUAUCUGGUUCGUCCCAGACCAAACAGCGCCGCUCCCGGAUGGACCUGACCCGGGAGAUGAUCAGCGCUCCCCUAGGGGACUUCCGCCACACCAUGCACGUGGGUCGCAGCGGGGACGCCUUCGGGGACACCUCUUUCCUCUCCACCCACUCUGGAGAGGCCCCCCACCAGGCCGAACCCCAGGCCCAUCCCCACUCCCCCCGCCCGGGGCUUUUAUCCAGAACCUUCCGCAGCAGCAAACGCUCCCAGUCCGUCACCAGAGUGGACCAGAGAGACUGCUCGCUAGCGCCACCCGGUGGCUCGCCCACCUUCGUGAAGAACGCCAUGUCUCUCCCCUUCCUCAAUGAUGAAAACGGUGACCAUGUUGAUGGAGGACACAGGGUGCCUAAGAGCCUCUCGUCCAGCCCACUGAAACAACUGAAUGAGCAGGAUGGAGGUGGAGGUACCAGGCCGUCUAAUGGGGCCGCUGCUGGGGCCCGAUCUCUGGAGCUGGAUGAGAGGAGCUUUGGGGAGCUGACUGACCUGCCAAGCCCCAGCCGUGGGUACUACGGAGGGGGGAUGAAGCACGCGGUGUCGGUCAUGUCGUUCCACAUCGACCUGGGGCCCUCCAUGUUGGGGGACAUCCUGGGGGUGAUGGAGAAGGAGGAUGAUGAUCUGGGAUACGAGGAGGGGAAGAGCAGUGAGGGACGGGCCUCUCCUACACUACUCCUGGGGAGGGAGGUGGGAGGAGAGGAGGAGGGAGAAGGAGAGGAGGAUGGAGAAGAAGAGGAACCGGAAGCUGAGCUACUGCAGCUGCAGGAGGAGGCGGUCCCUGUGAGUCCAACCAGCUCUGUAGAACCUGAGGUGGGAGAGGACGAGGGUGCACCCUACACCCCAGAGUGCACCCCAGAGCCCCGCCCUAAACACCUGCAGCACCGAUUAGAUACCUGUUCUGUGUCCAGCUCUGCCUCUGGCUCCGCCCACCUGGAGCAGGAGAAACCAGCCGGACAGCUCCACGGGGGAGAUACGAACAGCGCCACUUUCAGCGCACCACCUGAGGAGGAGGAGCUGGGAAAGUUUUCUUCCUUCUUGGAGGACGAGGAUGAUGAAAUCCGUGUAUGAAACGAGACGUACAAGCUCAAACCAUAUAUGGAGCGGAUGAGUGUGGAUUAAUACAGAUGGAUAGAUUCUAUACUGAGUGGAUAUGGAUUAAUACAGAUGGAUAGAUUCUAUACUGAGUGGAUAUGGAUGAGUACAGAUUGAUAGAUUCAGUACUGAGUGGAUAUGGAUUAAUACAGAUGGAUAGAUUCUAUACUGAGUGGAUAUGGAUUAAUACAGAUGGAUAGAUUCAGUACUGUAUAAAGUCAACUCCAUAAAGCCCCACAUCACAGCAGAGACGUAUAGACUGGAUGGCUUUACAUGAGGCUGUGGACGACGUGUUGAGUUGAUACAGGAAUGAAUGAAUUACUACUGUGGAUGAAACUACUCUAUAAAGGCCCAUAUUAUGACAGAGAUGUACAGUCUAUACUGGGUGGAUAUGGAUCGCAGUAGCAGUACCACUGGUAGUGUGGAUGACGUGUUGAUACAACAACAAACUAAUAUUGUGGAUGAAACUGUACUCUAGUCUGGAUAGAAGUGUGAAGUCUGGGUAGAAGGGUUGUAGUACAGCAACUCCUCUGUCUAGUCUGGGGAGAAGGGUUGUAGUACAGCACCUCCUCUGUCUAGUCUGGGGAGAAGGGUUGUAGUACAGCACCUCCUCUGUCUAGUCUGGGUAGAAGGGUUGUAGUACAGCACCUCCCCUGUCUAGUCUGGGUAGAAGGGUUGUAGUACAGCACCUCCUCUCUCUAGUCUGGGUAGAAGGGUUGUAGUACAGCACCUCCUCUGUCUAGUCUGGGUAGAAGGGUUGUAGUACAGCACCUCCUCUGUCUAGUCUGGGUAGAAGGGUUGUAGUACAGCACCUCCUCUGUCUAGUCUGGGUAGAAGGGUUGUAGUACAGCACCUCCUCUGUCUAGUCUGGGUAGAAGGGUUGUAGUACAGCACCUCCUCUGUCUAGUCUGGGUAGAAGGGUUGUAGUACAGCACCUCCCCUGUCUAGUCUGGGUAGAAGGGUUGUAGUACAGCACCUCCUCUGUCUAGUCUGGGUAGAAGGGUUGUAGUACAGCACCUCCUCUGUCUAGUCUGAGUAGAAGGGUUGUAGUACAGCACCUCCUCUGUCUAGUCUGGGUAGAAGGGUUGUAGUACAGCACCUCCUCUGGUAGUGUGGAUGACGUGUUGAAUUAAAUUGAAGAAGAAACUGCUCCCCUCUGUCCUUCCUGUGAGAAUGCAAACAUCUGGACUUAGUCAUGUGAACUGGGAUCUGUGGACUGGGAUCUGUGGACUGGGAUCCUGCUUCAGGGAGAAAGGGGAAGACCGUCUGUAGGACACUGGCUCCUUCUGUAUGAAUAGGAACUCCAUCUGUUACAUACAGAACAGCUUGCUAACUUCUCCCUCAGACACACCACAUUACAGCUACUGUCUGUCUGUCUGUACACUGAGAGAACUCACAUGGAAGAGCAGUCCAAGUGUGUGAACUCGUGAAUUUAGGAGAGACCCUUAAGAAAAUAACAUUUUGAUAAAUAACAUGGCUUUAUUAAGCCUCUGUCCAGUGCUAUUCAUUCCCUUUACUUGUGUCAUCAUCGUCAUAAUAAUAAUAAUAAGGGCUUUUCUUCAUUUAUAAUCUGUGCCAUUUCAUAUGAUGUAGCUCCUCUCUUGUUCUGUGCUCCUCUCUGCCUGUUAAGUGGAACUGUGUUGGUGUAAUCAAGUGGUCUGGCCGGAACAGAGAGCUACUGUUACCGCGGUGAUGGGGACCUGGCUGCCUGUCUGUCACAAUAAAAGGCUUGUGUUGUGUGUAUCACUCCACCAGCUGUGAUGAGGCUUUUUCCAUGCUAGAGCCUGGUAGAGAAUCUUUACUAGAGCCUGCUACCUGCAACAUUGUGACUAGAACCUGCUACCUACAACAUUGUGCCUAGAGCCCGCUAGCUACAGCAUUGUGACUAGAGCCUGCUAGCUACAGCAUUGUGACUAGAGCCUGCUAGUUACAAUAUUGUGACUAGAGCCUGCUAGUUACAAUAUUGUGACUAGAGCCUGCUAGUUACAAUAUUGUGACUAGAGCCUGCUAGCUACACUAUUGUGACUGGAGCCUGCUAGCUACACUAUUGUGACUGGAGCCUGCUAGCUACACUAUUGUGACUGGAGCCUGCUAGCUACAAUAUUGUGACUGGAGCCUGCUAGCUACACUAUUGUGACUGGAGCCUGCUAGCUACAAUAUUGUGACUGGAGCCUGCUAGCUACACUAUUGUGACUGGAGCCUGCUAGCUACACUAUUGUGACUGGAGCCUGCUAGCUACACUAUUGUGACUGGAGCCUGCUAGCUACACUAUUGUGACUGGAGCCUGCUAGCUACACUAUUGUGACUGGAGCCUGCUAGCUACACUAUUGUGACUGGAGCCUGCUACCUACACUAUUGUGACUGGAGCCUGCUAGCUACACUAUUGUGACUGGAGCCUGCUAGCUACACUAUUGUGACUGGAGCCUGCUAGCUACACUAUUGUGACUAGAGCCUGCUAGCUACAAUAUUGUGACUAGAGCCUGCUAGCUACACUACUGUUCAAAAGUUUGUGGUCACUUAGAAAUGUCCUUGUUUUCUAUGAAAACAUACCUGAAAUGAGUUGCAAAAUUAAUAGGAAAUAUAGUCAAGGUUAUAAAUAAUGAUUUUAAUUGAAAAAAUAGUGUCCUUUUGCUUUUUUUCAAGGAAUCCUCCAUUUGCAGCAAUUUCAGCCUUGCAGACCUUUGGCAUUCUAGUUGUCAAUUUGUUGAGGUAACCCCAUGUUUCCUGAAGCACCUCCCACAAAUUGGAUUGGCUUGAUGGGCACUUCUUACGGUACCAUAUGGUCAAGCUGCUCCCAGAACAGCUCAAUAGGGUUGCGAUCUGGUGACUGUGCUGGCCAUUCCAUUAUAGAUAGAAUACCAGCUGACUGCUUCUUCCCUAAAUAGUUCUUGCAUAGUUUGGAGCUGUGCUAUGGGUCAUUGUCCUGUUGUAGGAGGAAAUUGGCUCCAGUUAAGUGCUGUCCACAGGGUAUGGCAUGGUGUUGCAAAAUGGAGUGAUCGCCUUCCUUCUUCAAGAUCCCUUUUACCCUUUACAAAUCUCCCAUUUUACCACCACCAAAACAUCACAUUGCCUCCACAAUGCUUGACAGAUGGCGUCAAGCAAUCCUCCAGCAUCUUUUCAUUUUUUCUGCGUUUCAUGAAUGUUCUUUGUGAUCCGAACACCUCAAACUUAGAUUAGUCUGUCCAUAACACUUUUUUCAAAUCUUCCUCUGUCCAGUGUCUGUUAUUUUCCCAAUCUUAAUCUUUUAUUUUAUUGGCUAGUCUGAGAUAUGGCUUUUUCUUUGCAACUCUGCCUAGAAGGCCAGCAUCCUGGAGUCGCCUCUUCACUGUUGAUGUUGAGACUGUGUUUUGCGGGUAUUAUUUAAUGAAGCUGCCCGUUGAGGACGUGUGAGGCAUCUGUUUCUGAAACUAGACACUCUAAUGUACUUGUCCCCUUGCUCAGUUGUGCACCGGGGCCUCCCACUCCUCUUUCUAUUCUGGUUAGCGCCAGUUUGCACUGUUCUGUGAAGGGAGUAGUACACAGCAUUGUACGAGAUCUUCAGUUUCUUGGCAAUUUCUCGCAUGGCCUUCAUGAAGAGCCAUGCUUCAUUUCUCAGAACAAGAAUAGACUGACAAGUUUCAGAAGAAAGUCCUUUGUUUCUGGCCAUUUUGAGCCUGUAAUCGAACCCGCAAGUGUAGAUGCUCAACUAGCCUAGAAGGCCAGUUUUAUUGCUUUUAAUCAGGACAACAGUUUUCAGCUGUGCUAACAUAAUUGCAAAAGGCUUUUCUAAUGAUCAAUUAGACUUUUUAAAAUUAUAAACCUGAAUUAGUUAACAAAACGUGCCAUUGGAACACAGGAGUGAUAGUUGCUGAUAAUGGGCCUAUGUAGAUAUUCCAUUAAACUUUUGAACAGUAGUGUAUAGCAUCUUGACUAGAGCCUGCUCCCUAUAACAUCGUGACUGGAGCCUGCUCCCUAUAACAUCGUGACUGGAGCCUGCUACCUAUAACAUUGUGACUGGAGCCUGCUCCCUAUAGCAUCGUGACUGGGGCCUGCUAGCUAUAGCAUCGUGACUGGGGCCUGCUAGCUAUAGCAUCGUGACUGGGGCCUGCUAGCUAUAGCAUCGUGACUGGGGCCUGCUAGCUAUAGCAUCGUGACUGGAGCCUGCUAGCUAUAGCAUCGUGACUGGAGCCUGCUAGCUGUAGCAUCGUGACUAGAGCCUGCUAGCUGUAGCAUCUUGACUAGAGCCUGCUACCUGUCAGAACGAUAUAUCAUCUAGUUAGUUCAUUGUUACAUCAACACCAGUUCUGUUUCACAUUCUAACUGGCAUUUUCCUCACAUUAUCAGUGUCAUGUUACACACGUUCAUUACUGUGACAUGGUACACAUGUUCAUUGCUGUGACAUGGUACACACGUUCAUUACUGUGACAUGGUACACAUGUUCAUUGCUGUGACAAAGUAACCUAUUUGUUGGUGUUUGUGCCUCUAUCUCUUGUCAUUUCCUGUAAUAAAGUGGACUGGGCGGGAGGAGAUUUCCCUGUUUACCUAGCAUUGAGAGUUUAGCCUUAACUCUCCCAGCCUGAUGCUGUUGGUUAACUAGUGUUACGAGGGUCGUAAAGCAGACAGAUGGAAGCAUAGGACCUUGUGGCGAUUAUCAAACACUGGUUACAGCAGGACGUUUAGAGCAGAGAGAAGUGUGUGUGUACACCAAACUGAAGAGGGGAGAGGUGUGUGUGUGUGUUCCUCUUUCUCCACCUGCAGAUCAGGUUAGAUCCGUUUUGUGAAAUUCGGAUGCAAAUUCUCUGCUUCUAUUUGCCUAUGAUUUGUCCAUAUUUCUCUGCAAUGAAAAUCCUUCUGCAAGUGUGUGUCAGUCAGGUUCUGCAAUCAUGUCAGAGCGAACAGGCCGCAGAGGGUCUGAUAAUAACAGCUCACCACUUCCUUCCUUCCCCACUUAAAAAGAGAGGUAGAAACUGUUCAUAGCUGCAGUAGUCGAGUGCACCAGUAGUGUAGUGCACCUGGCCUGACUGCAUCAACAUGUCCGUUGCAUUCAAAUGGCACCCUGUUCCCUACAUUGGGCCCAAGAUAGGGUGCCAUUUGGGAUGCUGUUCUCACUCCCCUCUAGGGCCCUCACUAGGACAGUUCAGCUGUCUCACUAUUGAACUGGACCUUUUUAGUGUUCAUUAGGGCACACCGUAGCAAAAUGUUUUGCAAUAGAAAAUUAACAUUUGUGUUGUUAUUGGAGACGUUGAGGAGAAUCUCUCCAUUUUAAAUGUUGUUGUUGUUGAACCACACCGACGCAUCAGCAAGCUCUGCUGUGUUAAACCAGACGUUAACUGUGUUGUGGUCUCUAACAUGUUGAUGAUGCUUUGUGUCUGGACAUACAGACAGAGAAUAUCUGUUAAAAUGACUAAUUACACAAAGUGUUAAUGAAAGCCGUGUAUAAACAGGGGCGCAACUUUCACUGGGAACUGGGGGGGACAUGUCCCCCCCCACAUUCGGAAAUUGUAUUUUUGUCCCCCCCCCAGUUUUAUCAUUGGAUCGUGAUACUAAACGAGGCAACGGUGUGCUUUAGGACCAUGUGGAUGCCUCUGAGGUUGGGUAGGCUGUUUGGAGUGUUUAUCUGACUGGAUACAUUUUGUUUUUGAUAUGUCCCCCCCAACUUGUAAAAGCAAAGAUUCGCCCCUGUGUAUAAAUAUGUGUGUCUGGCUUCAGAAAGAAAAGCAUUAUUGUCUUACAGGUGUCUUAUCUGUACAGGGAUGCAUUAAGGUGCCUGACUGGUCAUUUUUUACCCCGUGUGAGAUUGGUCAUUUUCUAGUGUGGGUAGCAGUGAGUGAAUAUGCCAGUGAACAGACCUUAUUCCAGGUAUCUUAAUAGUGACGUCUAUAUUAAUUCUCAGUCAUAACUCAGUCUACGUCCCAAAUCGCACCAUAUGUCCUAUAUAGUGACCUACUUUUUACCAUAAUCCAUAGGGAAUAACCCGGGUCCAUUCAUCCCAAAUGGCACCCUAUUCCCUAUAUAGUGCACUAGGGACCAGAAGUAGUGUACUGUAAAGGGAAUAAGGUGCCAUUUUGGAUGAAUCCUAAGACUGACCAAUGAGCAUCAGUAAUGUCCUAAGACUGACCAAUGAGCAUCAGUAAUGUCAUCACAAAUAACUUUGGUUAUGGAGCUCAGAGUUAUGAGAGCCUGCCAGACUUCUGGUCCUUCCUCCUUGAUUGGUUAAUCAAUGUAGAUAUCCAGGUAAAGGUCAAAUAUUCUGGCUCUGCUUCUUUGUUGAUUUAAAUCAUUGUACUUUUUCUAUCGGUUAUUAAAGGCUCCCUCUCUGAUUUCAGUCGAGACAGAAAUAAAUACUGCAAUUGUUUCAACAGUUUAUCUCGUAGAAAAGAAAAUGGUAAACACAUAUAAUUGAUUUGUUACAGUAUAGUCAUAGUGGUCUGUUUGACGAGGCUGUAUUCACCGUUCUCUCUCCACUUUAACACUAACAGUCACGUAUUCACAAUUACCCACGUUUAAAAUCAUCAGGCUGCAAGGAAAGCAAAAUGGAGGAUUCUGUUGCUAUUUCCUACGUAUAUUCGUAUAUUUGUGUUGAAGCUGUAUAUUAUCUCUUGCUAUUCUUUGUCUUUGUAUGAAUAAUGUAUGUUUACACGCUCUCCUGACUCUCCCAAAUAACGGCUCUAUUUUGUAAUAAAAUACAAGCUGUCCAUCCGUA